AUGGCCGAGUCAUACUCCAUCGAAUACACGCCCUCGGUGGCAUCCUACGGCGAGGGACAACCAUCUGGCACAGAUGUAGAGCCGUGCAUCCCGCUGGCAUGGCUCGAAAUCGAAAGUGCUCCUCUCGGCGAGUUCAAGCAAAGUCGUAAUCUCCGGUUCCAAUGCAAAGCCGUCUCAUCAAUCCACUGCGAGAUCUACUCAGUCCUGUUUGAUAAAUCGGAGCAGUACCGGCCCUUGAUCUAUGUUCGCGACUGUCAGUCCACUUUCGGAACGUUUGUCAACGGCCAGCUUAUCGGCCAGAAACCAUUUGUGACCGCCGGUUGGAUUCUAGAAGACGGUGACGUCGUCUCAGCUGGGCCUUGCUCACUUCGACUCUGUGCCUAUCCUGUUUCAAAAGAUGAAGAGACCGCGCUGAGUCGACUUCAACAGCAAGAGGCUUUGCAAUUUGCAGAUCAAUAUCUCAUCAAGGACACAAUUCUUGGCAACGGCUCUUUUUCUACUGUGCACAUGGCUAUGAACGUCAAGACAAACCAGCAGGUGGUGUGUAAAAUACACGAUUUUCCGUACCUCAAAGGAAUCUGGGGAGAUGUCUCCGAUCGCAUCCAGAGAGAAAUGUCCAUCUGGAGCCAGCUUGAUCACUCGGAUACCUCCAUUCCAAAGGAGUCGCGCAUCGCGAUAUCAAGGUAG